GCGUGAGAUUUCGAUGCUAACGAGACAGCGUGGUUAGCAUCACAGCUAACUUUAACCGACAUUUAUAAAAGCGUAACGUUACUCUGUCCGCCACCUCACAUAGUGUUGCUUGACCUACUCUUCCCCUUUAACGCCAUUUUGUCAUAAGAAAGGAGACUGCUAUCUUUGCACUACACACACUGGCCAUUUGUGUUAGCUAAACGUAUGCUUAUCCAACGUGAAAGCAGCAGAUGCCUCCUAAAGCCAAGGCGGCAGGGAAAGGCCGAGCUCCGGCUAAGAGGAAGCUGGCAGAGGAGUUCCCACCCGGAGAGGUCCUAACAGACACCGGGAAGAAGACCUGGAAGUUGGGGGCUCCGAUCGGCCAGGGGGGCUUCGGUCUCAUAUAUCUGGCGGAUGAGAAUUCUGCAACACCAGUGGGUGCUGAAGCUCCUUAUGUCAUCAAAGUGGAGCCCAGUGACAAUGGGCCGCUGUUCUCUGAGCUCAAGUUCUACAUGAGAGCUGCUAAGCCUGACCUGAUUCAGAGCUGGAUGAAGUCUCACAAGUUGAAGACUCUGGGCGUUCCCAGGUACUGGGGCUCAGGUCUGCAUGAGAGAGGAGGGAAGAGGUACAGGUUCAUGGUCAUCGACCGGCUCGGCACAGAUCUGCAGAAGAAGUUUGAAGAAUGUGGAAGGAGGUUCCCCAGAAAACUGGUCCUGCAGCUCGGUCUUCGACUGCUGGAGACUCUGGAGUACAUCCAUGAGCACGAGUAUGUGCAUGCUGACAUCAAGGCAUCCAACCUCAUGUUGAGCCACAGCGAUCCCAACCAGGUGUACUUGGUAGAUUAUGGGCUGGCAUAUAGGUACGCGCCCGACAGUGUCAUAAAAGAGUACAAAGAGGACCCCAAGAGAUGUCACGACGGUACCAUAGAGUUCACGAGCAUCGACGCCCACAAAGGAGCAACUGCGUGUAGGCGGAGCGACUUGGAGAUCCUGUGCUACUGCAUGGUCCAGUGGCUGUGUGGACGGCUGCCCUGGGAGGACAAGCUGCAGGACCCGCUCUACGUCAGGGACUCCAAGAUCAGGAGCCAAGAAAAUAUCUCUGAAUUUAUGACCAAGUGUUUCUCCUCUCAAGACAAGCCAGCUGAGAUCCAGAAGUUCAUGGAGGAGGUAAAGUCUGUGGGGUACCAAGACAAACCGCCGUACGAGAAGCUGCGCUCCAUCCUGCAGGCCGGACUGGCGGACAUCAAGGCUAAAGAUGACGGCAAGCUGAAGUUCACUCCCGUCAGUGGAGCUGUUUCACCCCCCGCCCAGAAGACCAGCAAGAGAAAGAAGGUGGCAGAUGAAGCAGAAGAAGCAGAUGAGAGUGAGCCGGACGGAGGACUCGUCAAGAGAAAGAGAGUCACAAAGAAAAGAGCAGUCAAUGGAGUGAAGAAAAGUCCCAAAAAAACUGCGAGACCAAAGAAGGUACCCGGCACUGGAAAAGCGAGCGACGCCAAAUCCAGACUGGUAGAGAUGGGCACCCAGACGUCACCUGGACUGGUCCUGAGAUCCAGAGGCAGACCCAAGAAGACCAGCGCCUAAGGACCCACCUCCACACUCCUCCAGCAGUCCUGUCGCUCCUCUGCUUCUUAAAAGUCUCCUUUUCAACUUUUAUAUGUUUUCUGUCUGUCGCACACUGCUACAUGUUGAUGUUUGAUUGUAUUUGAAGCCUGAUCUAUUUCAAUAAAGAGGAUGAUAAACUGUCAAUCUUCUGGUUUUAAUUAAGAGAAUAACUCCGCCUCCUUUUAAGAGCAGUGAAGAUGCCGUCCUGCUGCUCUGCUGGAGUGAAGACCUGUGAAGGGUUUUAGCGAGGAAAGCCCAGUUGUCAUGCAUUUGCUUGAGUUGAAAGAAAAAAGGAUUUUUGAAGAUGCAACUACUUUAAACACUCAAGCCAGAUGAACGUGAAUGUCACGUUUGACUUUUUUCCCCAACCUUUAAAGGAAUAAAUGCACCACUGCUGAGCUAAUGCAUAAGAGCAGACAGCACAUUUUCUGAAUAGACAUGGUCAAAUUUAUAUCGGGGGGGGGGGGGGGCUUGCAUUUGCAAAUAAGUGCAGCUCUUUGUCCUCCUGUCCAUCUCUGUCCUGCUGCUGAAAUGUCACAUUUCUCAGCGUACAGCUAUGACAGACAUUUUUUCAAAUAGUUGUGAAACCAUCGUCAAAUGGUCCGAGAAUGUUUCCAUCAGAGCGAGUAUACAGGAGAACAUUUCACACAUGAGAAGCUGCUGACGAGCUGUCCACCCCCCCCCCAUCCACACUUGUCCUCAAGCUUCUGGACCGUCCCCGACGGUACCCCCCACCUCCCUCAUUAACUCCCAACAGCCCACCGUCCCCAUGGAGGAAGACAUCUCCACUAAUGUCAGUGUUGUGAGGGCCCUCGGGGGGGGCCCCCGUGGCGGCUGGUGGCUCGCCAUCGAUUGCUCCAGCCUCUUCAGGAGUAAAGGGCCCCCCUGCAUGGCUUUCCUCUCCACCUCCCCCCCCCCUCACACAGACACUGACCUUGGGGGCGCCUCAGCCACGGUCCCGCAGUAGGGGGCAGUAGUACAUAAUGAUGGCAAAUGGAUGUGGGUGGGGGGGUGGGGUUGGGGUGGAAAGGGACAGCACUUAAACACAACACUACCAUCUUUUCUGCUUGCAGAGAGAGGUUUCUUUUUCAUUGAGCGUGGACGUGUUCUCCACUGGCCGGCCUGCAGGCAGCUGUUGGCUGCGGUCGGCCUCUGAUCGGCGGAGCGUGAACGCCUCGCAGCAGAGGCCUAACCACCGCUCUGGUGAUCCGGGCCAAUAACUCGAUAAC